AUGGGCAAGCUUGCGCUGGCUUUGGCGUAUCUUUGUGGCUGCGGCUGCAUUGAGCCUACAGAUGACACCUCGCAGUUCAAAUCACGCGCAAAGGAAGACCCCCGAGAGCAGAUGAUUGACGCAGAGUUUAUGGCCCGCAACUACACUCGCGAUGCAUCUGGCCACUUCCAUAUGACCCCAACGCCAUCUAUGUUGAGGGAUAAGACCUCAAGUACCCAAGGCACAUCAAGCUUGAGCCCUCCUGCUAUGUCGCCAAUGACGUCCAAGGAAUCUCGGCCGCCCUCUCGCGAAAAAGCGACACCAAACCUGGAGUGA